AUGCAGACACCGGAGAAUUCAGGAGGAGAAACAUCAGUGAGAGGUGGGAUCCUUGCGGGAGGCUCCCUGGACGAGGUGGGAGCUCAGUCUUUGGGGACGGAUGCAGAUUCAGGCGGGGGUGAGGGUCAGGAGGACCGCAGUUUGUGUAACAGCCUGAGAGCCCGAGGCUUGCUCCGUGGUCAGCCACCCAGCUUGGCUGGAGCAGAGGGUUUAGGGAGGCGAGGAGCUUUGGGACUGAGAUGCGAUCCUCCAGAUGUCCCCGAGGAGGCUGCCAAAUCAGCUUUGCCUGACCUGCUUUCUCAGUGGAUGGUCCCAUCAGGGGCAUCAAAUCCAAGCUGCCAGAGCACAGCCAGGUGCAUCCCGCUGGCCACCUGUCAGCUGAGCUCAUCUGCCCCGGACCCCCGCGCCUCACUAUGGCAGGACAUGAUCUCCUCUUUUAAUCCCAGCACCCUUCACAGCCACCUGGCCAACACCCAGCCCAACUUUCAGUACAUACUUAAUAAUAGAUACAAAUGUGGACCAAGCACCAAUGCUAUUUUUAUGAUUCCCACAAACCCACCACCAACAUUCAGGAAGCCGGAACUUUGUUCUGAUGAUUUCACCAAUUUUGUUAAAAAGUGCCUAGUGAGGAAUCCUGAGCAGAGAGCUACUGCAACACAACUUUUACCGCACCCUUUUAUCAGGAAUGCAAAACCUGUAUCAAUUUUAAGAGACUUGAUCACAGAAGCUAUGGAAAUCAAGGCUAAAAGACAUGAAGUAGAGCGAGACUUGGAAGAAGAAAAUUCGGAUGAAGAUGAGCUGUAUUCCCACACCAUGGUGAAGACUAGCUCGGAAAGCAUGGGCACCAUGAGGCCCACAAGCACGAUGAGUGAAGGGGCCCAGGCCGUGAUUGAACAUAAUAGCACAGUGUUAGAGUCUGACUUGGGGACCAUGGUUAUAAACAGUGAGGAUGAGGAAGAAGAAGAUGGAACUAUGAAAAGAAAUGCAACUUCACCACAAGUACAAAGACCAUCUUUCAUGGAUUACUUUGAUAAACAGGACUUCAAGAAUAAGAGUCAUGAAAACUGUAAUCAGAAUAUGCAUGAACCCUUCCCUAUGUCCAAAAAUGUUUUUCCUGAUAACUGGGAAGUUCCUCAAGAUGGAGACUUUGACUUUGGGCUUCCCGGGUUAACAGAUAAUUUACUAAUUAAGGCAGCCAUGUUUACUCUUCCAAAACGGGACCUGUAA